CACUCUAGCUGAUACCAAUUAUAUGUAUUCUUGCCUGUUGAGGCCGUGUGUGAUUGCCUCACCAUAUUAUACCCGUGCUCUACCAACAAGCCACUCCUCAGUGAAAACAAUGGCUACUAGCGCUGUGCACAAGUUUCGUCCGGUCGUGGUAUCUGGCCCCUCGGGCACAGGAAAGUCUACUCUCCUGAAACGACUAUUCGCCGAAAUGCCCGAUCGCUUCGGCUUCUCUAUUUCGCAUACCACCCGCACACCCAGACCGGGCGAGGAACACGGCCGCGAGUACUACUUCACGACAAAGGGGGACUUCUUGGAUCUCGUGAGCAAGAACGGCUUCAUCGAACAUGCGCAAUUCGGUGGAAACUACUACGGCACUAGUGUGCAAGCGGUAAAGAACAUCGCAGAACAGCGCCGGAUCUGCAUCCUCGAUAUUGAAAUGGAGGGAGUGAAGCAGGUGAAGCGUACAGAUCUUCACGCUCGUUUCUUAUUUCUGGCGCCUCCUUCAGUGGAGGAGUUGGAAAGGAGAUUGCGCGGAAGGGGCACAGAAACCGAGGAGAGCUUGAUGAAGCGUCUUACCCAAGCGAAGAACGAGCUCGAAUUUUCUAAGGAGCCGGGGGCUCAUGACAAGAUCGUUGUUAACGACGAUCUGGAGAAGGCGUACACGGAACUGAGGGAUUGGAUCAUUGACGGUGGUAACUUCGGUGCUUCGCAAUAACCUGUUCGACGAUAGGGCUGUGCGGGCCAUUGCGUCUUUGAUUAGUAUAAAUUGUCAAAAUUAAAACAUGUGAUUCCCAUA